AUGGGGGGGGGGGGGGGAUGGGGUCAAUUAAAGCUAAUCGAGGGUGAAGGCAAAUCAGAACCUGGUACAGUGGCAGUAGAAUAUGAGAGGGUUGCUCUCACUGCAAGAUGUAAAACGGACUGCUAUCUUAUCUAUAUUCUGACUGAGAUGUUUGGUAGUACGUCAAUGGUUUUCAUCUGUCCAUGUGAUGCGACUCGUCUUCUUGCGUUGAUGCUUCGGAAUCUUGGCUUGGGAGCCAUACCAAUUAGUGUUCAGAUGACUCAGGAUUAUAUACAUAGAGCGGAAAAAACUGCACUCUUUAUGGGAUUACACUGGGUAUGCUGUUGCUGGGAAGGACUGCACAAGCAGGAUGUUUCUGGGGUUGCCAUAUCAUUAGUAAAUCAGUAUGAGUUGGAGUGGUAUAUGCAGAUGGAAAACUUAUUGGUCUUCGGAUAUGCUUCACGACAGAAAUUAAAUAUUGCUGUUGCUAUCAAGGGCCACUAUAGGUUAAAGUGCAAAAGGGCGAAAGUCUCUGAGGGAUGCUGAAGAAGCGACUCCAAAUAGUUCGGAUUAUGAGGAAUGGGGAGCUCCAAAAGCGGACAAUUCAUUGAAAUCCAAAAAUAGAUCUGGUUGGUUGUCUGGGGACAAUGUUACAGGGAUAGAAGAGCUGAGGAGGGAAAACUACAAUUAUAAGAGUAUGUCUCCAUCUUUUGAUAGGCAGGGAAGACGAAACAAUAGUUACUCUCUCCGGAUAAUGGUCAAGUCCAGUCUGACAGAUACCCCGGAAGAGCCAGAAGCAGGAGCAGGAGCCGAGGAAGGGGAGAAGGUAGGAGUAGGAGCUGCAGCAGGGGAAGGGGCAGGUUUAGGAGCAGGGACAGGGAUAGGUAUAGGGGUAGUAUGAGAGUUAAGCGUAGGGGUUGUAGUCCUCUCCAUAAUUCUAACUGUGAUCCAUAUGCAUCAGGUGAUAGAAGAACGGACCUUCGUAUAUCUACCCAGGUAUGCAGAGACUUUCCACCGGGGAAGUGUAGGAGAGGCAGUGACUGCCACGUUGCCAGGUUCUUUCAUCCAAAUGCUGCCAAUCAUGGUGAUGGAGGUCAAUCAGAAGACAACUUGGCAGAAAGAUUGAGUAGUAGACCAGAGUGUGGACAUAUCUCGACGUAUACUGAAAGUGAAGGUCGUAUUUACCAAAUCAAGGGGUAGGCUUCAUGACAAGCAUCAUUUGGAGGAUGAGCUGCACAGAAACCGGAGUAGAGGUACAAUUACUUGCAAGGAUUUUGUGAUUGUAGAUUUUCUCAUGAUGGGGAUUGGGGCAUCAGGUGAUAAUUAUGACAGAGGCACUCGGAGUACAUCCUUUGAUCAUGGUCAGGACAAUCAAUCAAGCAGAACCGGGAACUUUGCAGGUAAUUUGCAGUGGGGAAGUGCUACAAGGAUUAUUGCAGAUUUUCUCAUAAACUAUAUCAUAGUUCAAUUUUUAAGGAAGGAUUAUUGAUAAAUAAGUUCAUGCAUAUCAAAUUUGACAUUUAUAUAUUGUCAAAAAGUUGCGAGGCAUUCUUAAGUCUUAACGAACAAAUUGGUAUUCAGGAAAUAUAUAUUAUAUAAGGCUUCACAUGAAUGUCAAGAAAGUUGUCGAAGAGUACUCUUUAACUAUGUUGCUCGGAUUCUUUGGAUUUAUUGUUGGGUGUGUCGGAUCUUCCAAAGUAGUGUAUUUUUGUGGAUUUGCCAUAGGUGCUGCAACAUUUUUUUGAGAGUUCGAGCAACAUAGCUUUUUAUUGUAAUGCACCUAAAUAAUCACAUUGUAACUUAAGCUUAUGUUAUGGUGAUCUGAAAUGUGAUUAAGAACUUGUGUAAUGAAUUUCAAUUUGGUACAAAUUGUUUGAUUUUA